AUGGCAAAUCUGGAGGGCAGCCAGGAGGAAGAGAACCUUGAUGUCAUGAGCACAUCUGGGAUAAAUGAGUCUGAAACCUGGAGGGUGCUCACCAAUGCCUCAGCUAGCCCGGCCUCCACACCACCAAGGUCCGUGGAUGCCUGGAUGGUACCUCUGUUCUUCGCUGUCCUCAUGCUGCUGGGUUUGAUGGGGAAUUCGCUGGUCAUUUUGGUCAUUUGCCGCCAUAAGCAGAUGCGCACAGUCACCAACUUCUACAUCGCCAACCUAGCGGUCACCGACGUCACGUUCCUUCUCUGCUGCGUCCCCUUCACGGCGGUGCUGUACCCGCUUCCCGCCUGGGUGCUGGGCGACUUCAUGUGCAAAUUCAUCAACUACAUUCAGCAGGUCUCCGUGCAGGCUACAUGCGCCACCCUGACGGCCAUGAGCGUGGACCGCUGGUACGUGACCAUCUUCCCCCUGCGGGCCCUGCACCGCCGCACGCCCCGUUUGGCUCUAUCCAUCAGCCUCUGCAUCUGGGCCGGCUCGGCGGCCCUGUCCGCGCCGGUGCUCGGCCUGCACCGCGUGUCUCCGGGCCCACGCACCUACUGCAACGAGGUCUUCCCCAGUCGCGCUCUGGAGCGGGCCUUUGCCAUCUACAACCUGCUGGCGCUUUAUCUACUGCCGCUGUCCGCCUCCUGCGUCUGCUACGGGGCCAUGCUGCGCCACCUGGGGCGCGCCGCUGUGCGCCCGGAGUCUGGAGACAGCGCCUUGCAGGGGCAGCUCCUGGCCGAGCGUGCCAGUGCGGUGCGCGCCAAGGUCUCCAGGCUGGUGGCGGCCGUGGUGCUGCUCUUUGCCGUCUGCUGGGGCCCGAUCCAGCUGUUCCUGAUGCUGCAGGCGCUGGGCCCGGCGGGCUCCUGGCACCCGCGCAGCUAUGCGGCCUAUGCCCUCAAGACCUGGGCGCAUUGCAUGUCCUACAGCAACUCGGCGCUCAACCCACUGCUCUACGCCUUCCUGGGUGGCAACUUCCGUCGGGCCCUGCGACGAGUCUGCCCCUGCGCUCCCCGUCGUCGCCGGCGCCCCUCGGACGCCCCAGAGUUGCACCGCCUGGCCGCCCGCCCAGCGCUUUCUUCUGGAGCCCGCACUGUGUGUGCCCAGGGAAGUGGCUGA